GCGCAGGGCUCUGGCCAUAAGCCAAAACAAAAAAAAAACUACUUUUCAUUAAAUUCGCGCAAAACAGUGAUCAAUUAAAUAGAUUUUGAUAAAGCUUAUAAUAAAUUAAUUCGAAUAUACAAAUUAUAUGUAAUACUUUUCCUGAAAUGACAGAUAAUGCGUCAUUUACAAUGUUUAUGGAAAUAAAUAGUCAACGCAUUCCUUUGGAUAUUGGACAAUUGUAUCUGCUGGGCAAGCAAAACGAAGAGAGCAUUAAUAAAUCAAAUAACUUUAUUCAAUUAGAGUCUGAAGAAGAUAUUGAGCACAAGCAUUGCGUCAUAGAAGUAGGCCAUGGAGAAGAUGUAUAUGUUUUCGAUUUAUUUAGCUCUAAGGGCACUUUAGUGAAUAACACACUUUUAAAGGGUCUGGAAAAGUUGCGUUUAAAAAAUGGUGAUAUUUUGAAAGUUGGUAAACAGGAGAUCAAAUUUUAUCAUGAUCAACAGGAAGUGUCUCACGAUAGCAGUGGUUUCCUAGAAGUCAAUAAAAAUACCUCCGAUAUUAUACCCUCGAGUCCGGAUUCUACUUCGCAACAUGAAAGUCGCAUUAAACGUGCAAACUAUAACAAUUUCUUAGUGCCAGCGUUACCCACUAAAAAAUCCGUGACUCCCAAUAAUAGUUUAGUUAUACCAGAAACAGAGGCAGCCAAUGCCAAUAGAAACUCUCUAAACAUUUCAACAAAUAGUCGACGUAGUGAUAGCUUUACUAUACCCGAAACCCAAUAUUGCAGAGCACGUAAUUCCUUAAAUGCCUCCGAUAUUUCGAUAGCCGAAAGUAAUCCAAAUGUCAGUGGAAAUAAAAUAAAAUUCAACUUUGGCAAUUUAGAUGACUUUGAUAAUGAUGAUGAUGAUUUUUGUAUACCAGAAACACAGGAAGUUUUGCCAGCUGGAGGAGGUAUAUCCAGCAGUCAAAGGCCACGUUUAUUAUCUGAGGUCAAAGAAAAAAGCAUAUUGUUGGAAGAAUCAACCAAAGAAGAAGCUGGAGAAAGUACAAAUGAGAUAGAUGGCAGUCAAUUUAGAAUUUGUACCCAGGAUUACAAUGAAGGUUUUGGUGAAGAGGCGGAUCAGGGUUUACAUUCUCAAAUUAUACCUAUAAUAAAACACCAUACAGUCAUUUUGAAUACUACAGCAAAAUCUUGCAACGAAAAUGUAAAAAAUCAAUCGAAUCUUGAGGAAGAUAAAGAAAUAUCCUCCGUUAAAUGGUCUAACUCAAGAAUUGAUCAAGAAACAACGGCCUUAAGAGCUGACUGCUCCACUCCGGAUAUAGUUGAUUUUGAGAAUUUGCAACCAGAUGCCGCAAAAGCUAAAGAACCAGACAAUAUAACAAAGUCGAAUUUAGAAGAAAUGCUAAACAUGCCGGUUGAAGAUGAAGAAGAUCUAUUGCCAACACAAGCUUUUAUACCUUUAGGUACGAAACAUAUGGGAAAUAAAGGAUCUAAUGUUGAGGAUAAACCUUGCUUGGAAAAUGAAAAAGAAGAAGUUUUAACUUUAAGUGAUAAAGAGAAUAGAUGUCCUGUCACUUUGGAGCCCAUAACAGAUGUACCUCCCACACAACUGUUUGAAAUACCAUCUUCAUCCCGUUCAAAUACAUCUAGCACUUCUCGCAACAGUUUAACAACAACUGCAAAUGACAACAAAAACAAAUCUAAAUCUAUACUUGAUAUAGAUGCCGAUGAAGAAGAUGAUCUUUUAACUCAAGCCUUUCUACAACCGACUAAUGCUCCCUCUACUUCUAAUGCAGCAGCCCAUAAAAUUAUACCCAUUAAAUGUUUUAACUCGACGGUUUUAGAAGACAAACUAAAUGUUAAAAAUCCUGCUACAUUCUUUGCCGAAAUGGAGAAAACUCCUUUAAAGCCAAAAUCUCCACCAGUGUCCUAUUUCAAAGUACCCGUUUUAAAGAAAACUUCUUCAGCCACCAGUACUACCUCAGAGACAGAUUUAGAUUUACUUAUGUGCACACCUCAACUAAUUAAGGAACAUUUACAUGUAGAUCAAACAGAAGAUUUACGGAAAAAUAUUUUAGCGGUCCGAAAUAAACAUUUGUUUGGCGAUGAUACUGAUGAAGAAGAAAAGGAAGAAGAUGAUGAUCAAAGUGAUUUGGUUAAAUUAAUAAAUAUACCCAAAGAUUCUUUAGAUUUUGAUAAAUUACUUCCUCAUUUGAAAAAUCAAACAGAGGCUGGUAAAUUAAAUAAAGAAAAACAGGCCGCUAAAGAAGCUCAAAAAGUUUAUAAAUUUAAUAUCUCUUUUGGCAAAGAACAAGAUAAAAACCAAGCAAAAGCUGCACAGUCUAAGUCCUCACAAGUAAGUCGCGAUGAAAGACAUGCAGCACGAGAUAAAGAAAGAGAAAUAAACGAACGUAAGGGUAGAUCUAAAACAAAAGAUAGCAAUAGAAAUCAUAGUAAGGAUCAGAGUAAAGAAAAGUCUCAAGAAAGGAAAACAAAACAAAAGGAGACAAAAACCAAAAAAGCACCGCCUUCAACUAAGGAAGACCAGCAGGCUAAACAAGAUCAAGUAGAACAAAAGUCUUCUACUAAACAAGAAGAGGAUGAACACAAGUCAAACACUAAACAAGAGCAUGAUGAACAGAAAACUUCAACUAAACCAGAAAAAACUACUAGACAACGUAAAAGAAAGGCAUCUUCUGAUAUCACAGAGUCAUCAAAGGAAAUGAAAAAGGACGAACCAGCAAAAGAAAUGCCUGCUAGACGCAUGACUCGUGCCAAAUCGAGGCAUGAGGAAAAACCCUCUACUAGCAAGGAUGCUGUUGUAAGCAAAGCUACCAAACGUAAACCUGAGACAGUGGAUGAUUUGGAUAGUAUUUCCACACAACCCUAUAAAGAAGACGAUAUGGACAGUAUUGCUACUCAACCAUAUGAAGAUGAUUUGAAUAUAGAAUUAACCACAUCGAUUGUUCGUCUUACACGUUGUCGCUCCACUUCAAAACAAAGUGAAUCUCAAGACAGUAUUACAUCAAAUAAUGCAUUGCGUAAAACUACACAACACAAUAAAAGUAAAAAUAAUGAUUCAUCAUUGUCUCAUAAUACUUCCGCAAAUGGAAGUAUAACAAAGAUGACAUCAAGUGAACGUAAACGAAAAGCUGAAGCAACUCCUUCAGUAGUAGCACAAAAAAUAGAACGAAAACGUUUAAGAAGCACACAUUCCCAGGAAUCAUCCACAAACAAAACAAACUCAACAUCAUCAACAACGACAACAACAACUUUAAUAUCCAUGACCAUGGUGGAUCCAGAACUAUUCCAGGAUUUAAUAAGACAUAAUAAAGGAUUUUGGAAUGUUGCUAAAUAUCCAGCAGAUAGUGAAAUUUUAGUAAUGGAUAAAGCAUUUAGAACAUUUAAAUUUCUCUUGGCCAUGGCCAGAGGAAUACCCAUAGUUACAUCUAAAUAUCUAAAGAAACUAAAUGAAUCAAAAUCACCCAAAUCGAUUAAAAUAAAUGAUUAUCUCUUUACGGAUGAAGAAUUUGAAAAGAAACAUAAAUUCUCAUUAGUUAAAUCCCUACAAAUGGCUAAAAAACAUAAACUAUUUCAAGGUUAUGAAUUUGUGAUGACAAAUAAUAUUUUACCAAAUCCUCUGGAAAUUAAAGCUAUUAUUGAAGCCUCUGGUGGUUAUGUGCAUGAAAAAAAUCCACCUGCUGCCCAAGAUAAUCAACAAAUCUAUUUAGUCAGUGCAAAGGAGGACAAAAAGGAUUGGCACAAAUACAGACGUAUAAAUAAAAAUAUAAUAAUUGUUUCCACUGAGGCUGUAAUGGCGUCGAUAAUGAGACAAUCAUGUGAACGUUUAAACUGUUAUACGUUGUCUUAAAAGUGUUGUUUUUUUAUAGUUUAGUUUAGUUAUACAUAUAUUUUUUUAAAUGUUUAUACAUAAUUCCUAUUUUUAUACAAAAACUUCGUAUUUUUAUAGAACCUGGAGUUCAUUCGUUCUUUAUUUUCUUUUUCUUUUUGUUUAUGUUUUUUUUUUCAUCUGUUAAAAUAUGAGAAAUCUCUUUGUGUGUACAUACAUACAUCAUACAAAAUAUGUUUAAUCAAAAUUAUAAUUAUGUGUUUGUUUUAUAUACAUACUAAUCGUUUUAGAUGCCAAGUUAAUGUUGUUUUAACAAAGCUUAUACGCGUAUAUAACUUACAAACAAAAUAUGUUUGAAAUUCCAUUUAUUGUUAUUACAAAACAAAUCGAUUUCUACAAAUUUAAACUCCCUGUUCUAAAAAUUAUAAUUUGAAAUUAUAAAUAAAGAAAAUAUCUCUUUAUUAUUUCUUUCGUAAAA